GACUUCUUCUUCUUCCUUGAUUUUAAUCCUCUCUGCGACUUAGGGUUUUAGAAUAAACCUCGCCGCACCCUCUCUCUGUUUAAGCCGUCUUACAUCUGCGACGAACAAAAAUCCCUGAUUUCGCGUUGUUUGCAUUACCUUGAGAAGGCUCAGUGAUGAGGAAGCUCAAGAACCAUGAGAAGAAGGUUCUGAAGAAAGUAAAUUUCCUGGAAUGGAAAAGAGAAGGCGGCCAUCGCGAAACCCUGAUCACGGGUCGUUACCACAUGGGUGGUCGUGACGACUACAAAAAAUAUUCAGGAUUGUGUAGGAUGGUGCAGAAGCUGACGAACGUGUUGAAACAGAUGGAUGCGACUGAUCCUUUUCGGAUUCAGAUGACUGAUAUGCUACUCGAGAAGCUAUACAACAUGGGAGUUAUACCGACAAGGAAAAGCUUGGCUUUAACUGAUCGGUUAUCAGUUUCCUCCUUCUGCAGGCGUAGGUUAUCGACUGUGUUGGUUCACCUGAAGUACGCUGAGCACUUGACAGAAGCAGUGACGUACAUAGAGCAAGGACACAUCCGUGUAGGACCAGACACGAUCACUGAUCCAGCCUUCUUAGUAACUCGGAACAUGGAAGAUUUCAUCACAUGGGUGGACUCUUCCAAGAUCAAACGCAAGGUUCUUCAAUACAACGACAAGUUGGAUGACUACGACAUGCUUGCUUAGAUUUGUCUCACUUCUCAAAGUGUAAACCUUUUCUAUUACCAAACUAUAUGUUUCUCAUUAAUCAUCAAACCUUUUGCAAUA